AUGUCAGCCUGCAGUUUAAAUGAAUAUGCGCAGACGUUUACAAAAGCGCUGUCUUUCCUAGAAUACCCGUUACCCGAAGGCCUUGCGUUGGAAGCUCAUUCGCAGGUCGAAAUCUCUUUCAGCUCGUUCCCAUGGUCAGGACACAUCUGGGCGAGGCAGUAUUGCGCAGCCGGCGGAUCGAACUGUGUUGUAGGUGACUGUGGUCACCCGAGUUGCUGGGGUCGUUCAUCUACCGGCACUACGCUAUUUGAAAUUACCGCACAAAAAGACAAGAUGUACUACGACAUCAGCCUAGUCGACAGUUUUACAUGCGGCGUUCACGUUGUGCCGGACGACCAGGACUGCGAAGCGAUCGCUUGCCUAGCCCCGCCCUACCUCGGCAUCAAUCCCGAGGAUCAGUCACUGACGAGUACUGUCGCAGGGGAUCCCCCAGGGCGUUUCCAAUUUUAG